UUGAAAGGGGGGUUGCGCACGAACGCUGUAAGGCAGAAGGAUGGGGAAAUGCGUUAUUAAGUGCGUAGCGAUAUUCUAUGCAAUGCCUGCUAGAGCGCCCGCAAUUCUUUUGGGUGAUUGUUUGGUUACAUUAUCAACAAAAGGUCUACACUUUUUGCUGUGCCUCCGAUGGCUAGAAAAAUUUUUGACAAUUGCAACGCUAAUUGUUUCAUAUUGUUUUGCUGGAAAUACACAUGAAGAUCAUUUUGCACCCGGCGCCUAUUUUAACAAACAGCAUAUUCGCAUUUGGAAGUCGGAAUAUCCACGCGUCGUCAUAGGAGAAGCCGAUGCACACAAAAUAAAAAAAGUUGAUUACAAGAGGCUGUAAAUUCCCCGGCGCAAAUUAAAGGAGCCACGUUUGAGCAGUUGUAGCGUCG